CCGGAGGGAGGAGGGCCCAGCGCUGGGCAGUGCGGGCAGCUGGGCGAGACCUGACCAGAGCAGGCAGGGGCUGACUGGGGACCGGCCAGGGCUGGAGCUGCAGCCGCUGGCAGUGGGGGAAACCGAGGCAGGGGUGUGACCCUGGGGGACCAAUGGUCAGGGCUGGACCUGUCUAGGCCGGGGCCUUGACCUCCAGCCAGAUCCACUGUCUGGUUGCUGGGGUCUGGGUGGGUGUCUGAGUCCCUGGUCCAACCUGGUGGUGGGGGGGCUCGGUCCCACUGCCUGACCCCCGAGUCCCCUGAGAGCCCGGCAGGCCGCCCGCCCACAGGAGAAUGAGCGAGACCGAGGAGGAUGAGGGAGGGGGUGCAUCGGACACGGCACCCCUGCUGCCCCAGAGGCCACCCGACCGCCAGGCCUCGGCCCUGCUGGCCGCGGGGUGGGCUGGCCUGGCUGCCCAGGGCCUUGGGCCCCUGCUGCUGCCUGGCCGGGCCCUGGCAUGGCUCCUGCUGCACCUGCUGCCCACCGCCGUGUCCUUGCUGCUGCUGCUGCCCGCCGCCGCCAUCGUCUACCUGGGCUUCCUGUGUCACUCUAGGGUCCGCCCCGCGCCGCGCCCCGCGUGCCGCGCGUUGCUGUCGGACGGCGGCUCCGCGGCGCUCAUCGUGCUCGGCUUCCUGGCGCUGCCGCCGCUGCUCGUGCUUGCCUCGGCCGCCCGCGCCCGCCUGGCCCGGCGCCUCGCAACGCUGCUGCCGCCGCCCGCCCGCGACCCCCGGCCCCGCCGCCCCCCGGGGCCCGGCGACGCAGGGCGCGAGGACGGCCGCCCCAACGGGGAGGAGCUGCGCCGCGCCUGGGUGUGAUCCCCGGGGGCCGCCAAAGUCCGCAGCGCCCCACCGCGACCCGCUCCGAGUGGUCCAGCCCGGCAGAUACGGGUCCUGCGUCCAGGUUCCAGCUGCGGCGAGGGCGCACCCCGGGGCUCCGCAGUGCUGGGCCCGGUCCGG